AUAGGCAGACAAUCGAUGGCUAUGCAGCUCUGGCGGCUCAACAUAAAAAAUUACCACGUGAAGUGAAAUUGUGCGAAUUUCAUCACGGUGUUUAAAUAGUUUUCCGGCCAUAUAAACCAAAUCCAGAGGCUCUAAAGAUUCGGGCUCAGUCAGGCCAGUAAAUCCGAUAAGAGAGUAACCACUAAAAGAAGAGCAACCCGGAAUAUACAGAGAAAAUGGCGCUGCGCGUGCAAUUCGAGAACAACGACGACAUCGGCGUCUUCACCAAGCUGACCAACACAUACUGCCUGGUGGCUAUUGGCGGAUCCGAGACCUUCUACAGCGCCUUCGAGGCGGAGCUUGCGGAGACGAUCCCAGUGGUGCACGCCAAUGUGGGCGGCUGCCGGAUUAUUGGACGCCUCACUGUGGGCAACAGAAACGGCCUGCUGGUGCCCAACUCCACCACCGAUGAGGAGCUGCAGCACCUGCGCAACAGUCUGCCGGAUGCCGUGAAAAUCCAGCGCGUGGAGGAGCGCCUGUCCGCCCUUGGCAACGUCAUUGCCUGCAACGAUUAUGUGGCCUUGGUUCACCCGGAUCUGGAUAAGGAGACCGAGGAGAUCAUCGGGGAUGUACUGAAAGUAGAGGUCUUCCGGCAGACAAUCGCCGACAACACACUUGUGGGCUCAUACACCGUGCUGAGCAACCAGGGUGGCAUGGUGCACCCCAAGACGAGCAUACAGGACCAGGACGAGCUGUCGUCCUUGCUGCAGGUUCCCCUUGUGGCGGGAACAGUAAACCGGGGCAGCGAGGUACUCGCCGCCGGCAUGGUGGUCAACGACUGGCUGUCCUUCGUGGGCAUGAACACCACGGCCACAGAGAUUUCGGUGAUCGAGAGCGUCUUCAAGCUGAACCAGGCACAGCCAGCCACGGUUACGACCAAGCUGCGAGCGGCCCUUAUCGAGGACAUGUCCUAAGCGACACCAUUUACCACCUUUUAUACUUGGUCUAAGGAUUAUCUGUUAUCUACACAAUGUCAUAUAAGAGCGAAAUACAAAACAAAAUAUAAAAAAGA